AUCGCCCACAAUGCACCACGCGGGCCCCGGCUCGCGGGAUGGGCUAUAUGAUUACCGGCGGUCUAGUUCGCCUGGCGGCGGAGGGGAAAAAGGCUGUUGCCAAGCCUUUACAGGCAGAAGCACUGGACAGCCGCGGGCGCACCUGUUACGUUCAGGGGACCGUGAAGGCCGCCAAAUCAAUGAAAAAAAGAAUCGUAAAGAAGAGGCGACUCUCAAACCGGAAACGCUAAUGGAGUUCUGAAUCACGUGGUGCACACGUGCCAAAGGCCCACGAUAAAGAAACUAAAACGGGGGCUUCCCUAUCCUGGUCUCCGGGCUUGGUGAGCCGCGACUUCCGCCCAUGUCCAAGAUGGCAGCGGGGUGGCCUUCCUAACCCGGACGUAGUCUGGCGGCGCCUGACGGAGUCGGGGCUGGAAGAAGGUGGAGUGGCUAAGAAACAGCAAAUGGGACGCUGGCGCUGGGGUGUCAGCCAUGGACUGGAAAGAAGUCCUUCGCCGGCGGUUAGCGACGCCCAACACAGAUCCAAACAGGCAGCUGAAAUUGUCUGGAGUAAAGCAGGACUAUGAAAAAAAAAGUGAACAAGAAUUAAAAGAUGAAGAAAUGGGUUUAUUUACCAAAUACUACUCAGAAUGGAAAGGAGGUGGAAAAAACACAAAUGAAUUCUAUAAGACGAUUCCCCGGUUUUACUAUAGGCUGCCAGCUGAAGAUGAAGUCUUACUACAGAAAUUAAGAGAGGAAUCCAGAGCUGUCUUUCUACAAAGGAAAAGCAGAGAACUCUUAGAUAAUGAAGAGUUACAGAACUUAUGGUUUUUGUUGGACAAACACCAGACACCACCUAUGAUUGGCGAGGAAGCAAUGAUCAAUUAUGAAAAUUUCCUGAAGGUUGGUGAAAAGGCUGGACCAAAGUGCAAGCAGUUUUUCACUGCAAAAGUCUUUGCUAAACUCCUUCAUACAGACUCAUAUGGAAGAAUUUCCAUCAUGCAGUUCUUUAACUAUGUCAUGCGAAAAGUUUGGCUUCAUCAAACAAGAAUAGGACUCAGUUUAUAUGAUGUUGCUGGACAAGGAUACCUUCGGGAAUCUGAUUUGGAAAACUACAUAUUGGAACUUAUCCCUACUUUGCCACAAUUAGAUGGGCUGGAAAAAUCCUUUUACUCCUUUUAUGUUUGUACAGCAGUUAGGAAGUUCUUCUUCUUUUUGGACCCUCUAAGAACAGGGAAGAUAAAAAUUCAAGAUAUUUUAGCAUGCAGUUUCCUGGAUGAUUUAUUGGAGCUAAGAGAUGAAGAAUUGUCCAAGGAGAGUCAAGAGACAAAUUGGUUUUCUGCUCCUUCUGCCUUAAGAGUUUAUGGCCAGUAUUUGAAUCUUGAUAAAGAUCACAAUGGCAUGCUCAGUAAAGAAGAGCUCUCCCGCUACGGAACAGCAACUAUGACCAAUGUCUUCUUAGACCGUGUUUUCCAGGAGUGUCUCACUUAUGAUGGAGAAAUGGACUACAAGACCUACUUGGACUUUGUCCUUGCACUAGAAAACAGGAAGGAACCUGCAGCUUUGCAAUAUAUCUUCAAACUGCUUGAUAUUGAGAACAAGGGGUAUCUCAAUGUCUUUUCCCUUAAUUAUUUCUUUAGGGCAAUACAGGAACUUAUGAAAAUCCACGGACAAGAUCCUGUCUCAUUUCAAGAUGUUAAGGAUGAAAUCUUUGAUAUGGUAAAGCCAAAGGAUCCUUUGAAAAUUUCUCUCCAGGAUUUAAUCAACAGUAAUCAAGGAGACACAGUCACUACCAUUCUAAUUGAUCUGAAUGGCUUCUGGACUUAUGAGAACAGAGAAGCCCUUGUUGCAAAUGACGAGAACUCUGCUGACCUUGAUGAUACCUGAUCUCUGGAAGACUAGACUGUCUUCAUUAAGAUGCUUGAAUGCUGCAUAUGAAACCUUUGAAGCAGAAUCCUUAGAAAUGGUCUAAAUAAAACACUUCAUAAGCAAAA